AUGCAGAUGGUGGAAGACUUUCGAUCUCCAGAGCAAUGGCUGCAGGUGGAGGUGAAGGGAAGGGAGAAAUGUGUACAUAAUAAAUUCUGGGUAAAGUCGACAUUGCAAAAUUUUUUCGUGAAUACUAAGGUGGAUCUUUACUUGCUUCAAAUUGACACUAAUAAGCUAGGUGAAGGGUUAGUAUAUGAAGUUGUUGACGGUUCCAAUAGCUUCCCUCAUUUCUAUGGUCCAUCUCGAAGUUUCAUUCCUCUUCCUCUAGAUGCGGUUACAAAAGCGGAGAAGCUGCAUCUGUCAGGUGGCCAAUUCAGUUGCAGUAUGCUGGAACGAGCCGCUUAAGCUUUGAUUUGGUAUUCUUUCAUCUCAGCUUUACAUUGUGUGGGAUAGGAGAUGUUAACGUCUUCCAACUCCCAACUGCUGUAGUUGUUAUGUUCUUACCAGUACACUAUUUGAAAGGCCGUCCGUUGUUGAUAUUAAUGAAUUAUGGCGGCAGUUUCAUUUCCGGUUGUGCGUUUGAUAGAAUGACUGGGAAUGCGAUUACCCAUUUUCGAAAAGUCU